AUGGAAAAUCGACUGAUGACAGGCAACAAAAAUUUUGGAUCCUGCGUGCCUGACUUUGGACUCCUGAAGCCUGGCUGCGUUUGUCCUGACUUCCACACAUGCGAUGCCGUAGAUGGAAUUUGCUCGACUAUUGACGACUGCACUGGUCCUCCCGAUCCAUUGGACUGUGCCAAGGUCUACGACGAGUCUUUCCGAUGCUGGUUCGAUCCCAACGGAGAGUGUAAAGAAAACACGAUCGAUUAUCUCCAGGAAAACUGCUACCCAAAAGAAUGCAUGCCUCGACUUUGCGGAAGUUUCCAAAACAACCCGACUAAUUUCAAUGGAACGAUUCCAUAUGCCGACCCAAGGGCGCAGCAAAUCUGCCUCACAAACAACGAUAAUUUCAAAGGAAACUUGACCAAAUACAGCGAAAUGCAAAAACGAAGGCCAAACAAUCUCAUUUCCCGGGAAUGGGCCAGCGACUCUACGAUGGCAGCCCAGAAGAAUACCCGAUUUCUCCUUACAAUCUUUGUAUCCUACGACACGACCAACAGCUUGAUCCAGUGCGUCAACACUUUCGGCUCAUACACGACAGUCUGCGCGCACGGUUAUCAAAAAGCCAAUCCAACGGAAACUGAUCCUGACUUGAUCGUCUGCGAAGACAUCAAUGAAUGCGACGCACCAAAAGUGCUUGUGAUGGAGGAGCAUACCUGCUACAUUGAUACUUCGACAGGAGAUGAAGCUUGUUCCUGUCUCGACGGUUUCGAUACUGUCACGAACACAGUUGCCGACCCUCUUGCCGAUCCUUACUAUGAAUGCUACGAUAUAAAUGAAUGUUUAUCUACGGAUCCAAACACCAUCCAUAAAUGUCAUGUGAGCUCAAUUUGCGAAAAUACUGUUGGCUCAUACGAUUGCUAUUGUCCAAACGGAUAUUUGCUUGAUGAUGCUGCUUGCAAUGCAACUGACCCGGAUCGAACAAACUGUGAAUGUGUCAACAUCAACGAAUGCUCCACCACUCUCACUCGUCCAGAUCCUCCAGGCAACUUCGUUCUCGGGUAUGAAAUGCAUUCGUGCUACUUGACAGCUGAUUGCACUGACGAUACAUCAGGAACCUUUACUUGUAACUGGGAUUGUGAGGCAGAUUUUUGCUCAGACCCAAAUGCCCUCUGCUCAAGAGUCAAUCUAAAACAUGAAGACAUCGGUGCUGGUGAUCCGAGAUACGACGCAGCUCUAGAAAAUCGUUAUGGUCAGCAAAUUUGCUCCUGCCCAGUUGGCUACGAAGACACUAGUUAUGACUUAGACGUCCCCCAGACUAUCAACUGCAUCAACAUUGAUGAGUGCGAUCGAACUGACAAUAUCUGCGGCACGGGAACGACUGAUCAUGACACUCCCCUUUGCGUCGAUACUGACGGAUCAUACUAUUGCUACUGCCCUCAUGGCUCCGAAGUCCAACUGGAUGCAAACGGAGAUCCCGUGCGACCGAUCGUGUGCCUAGUCAUCGAUGAGUGCAGCAUCGACCCACCGGCUUCUGGAGCUCAUCAGUGCUACACAUCUUCUCACUGCACUGAAAACGUAUCCGGAAGCGGCAAUCCGUAUGAGUGUACAUGGGGAUGUAAUAAAGAGUCUUGCAAUGGAGAUGGCACAACGGCGGGAACCUUCUUUGCUCCUAUUAACGGUGUCUGGUGCGAUUUCGACUUGACAACUGGUACCGAGGAAUGUAAAUGCGCGGAAAAUGGAUAUCUUGUCGUUCCUGAUGGCACAACAUUCCAGUUCAAAUGCGAAGAUGUCGAUGAGUGUACUGAUAAUCCUUCUGUCUGCGGCUCUUCUCUUAUAGACGCUAGCGUUUCUGGCACUGGUGGCACCAUGUUUGCCACGACUUCUGAGACUCUUGUCUGCCACAAUACUGAUGGCGGCUACUGGUGUGACUGUCCCCUUGGAUUCGAAAUGAUCCACUCGGGCGGGAGCUCACCGGGCAAUGAUGUUCUUGGAAUCCAUUGUAUUGAUAUAAAUGAGUGUUCCGCGAACAUUCAUUCUUGUUCCACCGAAAACCACUGCAUUAACACUGUUGGAUCAUACGAGUGCAUCUGGGAAUGCGACCAAUCAAUCGGCAACGGCGAGUACUGGCGCGAGUGUGUCAAUUCCGAAUGCAAACUUAAAGUUCUUGAAGAAGGCGAAUCAGGAACUGAGAGUUCGCUGAGACCAGUUUGCGAAUGUGACUCUGGCUAUCGAAUGAUCGACUUGACUUUUGAUCCGACAAGUUUGGAUCCAGCUGACCCUUGUUACUGUCAAAAUACUGAUGAUACACUUGAGGACUACUGUGAGAACUUGGUUGAUAUUUGCUUCAAGGAGGAUACUGGAUCAGGUGCAACUUGCAAUUGUGAUUUCUUCACAAAUACUGAUGCCGAAACAGCGAGCCUUGCUAUCUGCGUUGAUAUUGAUGAGUGUACGGAGACUGUUGCUAAAUGCGGAACAAAUGUGUUCACCAACACUUACGACAACAAUCCACUCGAUCCAACUAUUUGUGAAAACACUCCAGGCUCAUAUGUAUGCGACUGCGAUGAUGGUUUCGCCGCCACCUUCGCAGCUGGUGUUAACGACAGAAGUUCCGUUGUCUGCCUUGACAUCAACGAAUGCAAUGAUAAUGCCCUCAAUGCUUGCCCUGACAGCUCCCUCUGCACCAAUAAAGAUGGCUCCUUCUUGUGCUCAUGCAGUGCUUGCGAAGAUUGCCCAUCGACAAAACCAAACAGCGAGUGUGUUCAAAAAGUAAAAUCGAGCUCAAGAUGGGAAACUGUCUACACUCACGAGUGCCGGUGCAAAACUGGCUUCAAAGAAGACGCUAACGGCGACUGUAUCGAUAUUGAUGAGUGUCUCAGCUCUGCUACGAGUCAAUGUGACAUGCUCUAUCCUUCUGGAUCAAGAACAGAAAGAUCGACAAUCAAAGAAAUCGUCGAGAGUAAAAAGCUCGAAGACAAAUCGCCAACAAAUGAUGGCUCGAUGUGCUUCAACAAGAAAAAUCCAGAUAUUGUUCUCAAAUGUCCUGCUGGAACUGAAAUCGAAAUCACUAGCGCCAUGUUCGGCAGAAUCGAUAGUGAAGCAUGCUGCUACGCGAAAAAGGGAUGUGGCUCGUGUCCAGAGGAAGAGAACUUGGACCUUUUCGAAAUUAUGACUUCGAGCUGCAAUGGAAAAGAAGAUUGUGUUUUCAGUACUCAAGCUCUUCCCGAACGAUGCUCGAAUGAUGUCAAGCCUUACAUUGACGCUUCAUGGGACUGUGUCAAGUUCGAAGAACAAACUCGAGCUCUUGCCAUCCCGGAAGAGAAUGUUGAGCAACUUGUUUAUACAGAAAAAUGUCUCAAUACUGUUGGCUCAUUCAAAUGCGUCUGCGAUACUGGAUUCUACUUGGAUGAAGCAACGCAGAAAUGCAUCGAUAUUGACGAAUGCGGAAUGACGUCAUGUUUAUGCAAGCAAACAACUGUUCACGAUGCAAGCACUGGUACAGCACAAAGCGUUCUCUCAGUAACAUACGUCAAUGGGGGAGAGUUUUGCCCAGCAAAUUGUGAAGCCUACAUUUCGAUACUUCAUCAAUGCGAUAUUGGAACGCAUGAUCCAUCGGACACCUCAAUCACUCGAGAAACCUGCGUCAACACAAUUGGAUCGUAUACAUGCGAAGAAGAAGACUUCUGCGAAGACUGCAUUUUCUGCGGUCCGAAUUCUCACUGCUCUCAAGAUCAGUCAAAAUGGAAUCGGCCCGGCACUUGUAUCUGCGAUGAGGGAUAUUUUAACCCAGGUUCUGGUUGUAUCGAUAUCAACGAAUGUGAUCCUUCGUCUCCUGGAGCUCCAGCUACGAAUAGUUGUGGAGUUAAUGAUCUUUGCUACAAUACUGAUGGAUCAUAUCAUUGCUUCUGUGGACAACUUCCUGACGAGCUUGAACAUCUCUUCAAAGACUUUAACGACGGAGCUGGCUGCGUGUCGAUCGAUCACUGUGCUGAUAAUCUCCACUCUUGUAUGGUCGGUCAUGAUAUUUUGAAUGAAUUCUGCGUGACAGAUGGAGCAUAUUACCGCUGUACAAUGUCCUGCGGAGUCUGUGGCGCACACCAAUAUUGCACGACAGAAGUUGACGCUGGAACUGGACUAGUUGUUGAUCUCACCUGCAGCUGCGAUGACGGUUUCGAACCGGAUCCAGCAGAUGCAACAGGUCGAACAUGCAAAGAUUUCGACGAAUGCUCUGUUUCGAACAUUUGCUCGGAAAAUGGGCUUCUCUGUGAGAACGUUUAUGGCGGUUUCAACUGCGAAUGUAGCCAUGAUGGCCAUGAGAUCAGCUGGAGUGCCGAUGGAAAGACGCCAACCUGCGUUGACAUCGACGAAUGUGCCGGAUCUACUCAUAGUUGCGAUGCAUUGACCCAAAAGUGUGUUAAUUAUGACUCGGCUGUUGACACCGAUGCAGCGAAUCAACCAAUUUCAUAUUAUCAUUGCGAGAAUAUCGUGCAUUGCGAUUGCCAUGGACGAUGUGGUCCAUUGAUGACUUGCGAGACGAAUGCUAUUUCGAUGUCUGGCGAAUGCAAUUGUCCAAGCGGAUUUCAGCGAAAAGAUGCAACUGAUGAUACUUUGGGCUGCGAGGACGUUAAUGAGUGUUCUACAAAUACUCACAUCUGUACUGGCGUUGUUGGCCCGAUGGAAUGCUACAAUACCAUUGGCUCGUAUGAAUGUCGCUGUCCAGACGGAUACACCUACAAUGAUGUCCUCAAUCAAUGCGAAGACAUUGACGAAUGUGAUCCUUUGAUCGACACAAAUCUUUGUCAUACAAAUGGAAUAUGCACGAAUACAGUCGGCUCGUAUACCUGUCAAUGUGACACUGGCUUCAUGGGCAAUGGCUUUGUCUGCAUUCCAGAAUGUCCAGUUUGCGUCAACUCAAAUUGUGUCUACAACGUUGUCAAUGGCAAACGAGAGCCAAGCUGUGAAUGUUGGCCAGGAUUUGAGCCCGCUUUGAACGAUCCUCUCGAAUGCGUGGAUAUCAACGAGUGCAAUACAAACAAUGGUGGUUGCGGUUCUGUCCAAGUUGAUCCGAAUGAUCCUGGUCUUUUCCUUGAUCGAAAAUGUCACAACACGAUCGGCUCAUAUUCUUGCUGCUGUCCAGAGGGAUACAGAAGAGACAAUACUAUUGAUGACAAAUCAGAACAAUGCAUUAAUAUUAACGAGUGCGACGAAGGUCUUUUCGUUUGCGAUCCGAAUGCUUCUUGCGUUGACACGAUUGGCUCUUACGAGUGCGAGUGCGCAACUGGCAAUUUCGCUGGAAAUGGAAAAAUGUGCUACGAGGUCGAUUGCGAAGCAGAGUGUGGCGCCAUUGAGAAUUCUCAUUGCAUUAUUACAGAUAACAGGCCGGCUUGUGAAUGCGAUGUUGGAUAUAAAUGGGAAGAUGCGACAAAUUCAACAUGCAUUGAUAUUCAUGAGUGUGAGGAGAGUACUCACACUUGUUCAUCAAUCAUCGUUCCGGCAAGUAUCACUGGCGAGCCAGAUUUGACCAUGGAAUGUAUGAACACUAUGGGAAGCUACGAUUGCCAUUGUCCCUAUGGAUACGAAUGGAACGGUGUCGACUGCGAUUGGGUCGUAAUUGAAUGUGAUCCACUUUGCCACCAGACUCAACAUUGCCUUGUCAAUCCAGCAAAAACCGCGCUCGAAUGCGAGUGUGACAUUGGUUUGAUCCCUAAUGGUGACUUAUGCGAAGAUACAAAUGAAUGUACCGAUGGCGUUCUUGCCGACCCUUGUGGCAACAAUGAAGAGUGCUACAAUACGGCAGGAUCUUUCACAUGCAUUUGUAACACCGGUUACAGAUAUAACUCAACAACUGAUGAAUGUGUUGACAUUAAUGAGUGCGAAGAUUCAAUUGAUGUACACGACUGCCACAUCCGCGCAACAUGUACCAACACUGUAGGAUCAUACGAGUGCGAGUGUCCUCCUGAUACGACUGUUUUCGGAAACGGCAGAAAUUGCUUCAAUGAAACAGAGCUUCCCUGCGCUCUCGAGUGCGAUCUUUGCGGCUUUAACACCAUGUGCCUUGUCAACGAAACGAGCGGAUUUGCUGACUGUGAAUGUCUACCUGGCUAUGAAGAUGGAGAUGCUCUUUCUCCGGAUGCUAAAAGGGCUCAACAGAAACUUGAUUGCAUCGAUGUCAAUGAAUGUACAGAUGCAUCCAUCUGUGAGGAAGCUUGUCUCGACGUAGAUGGAAGUUACACCUGCUUGGACUGCCCUGAUUCUUGCCCAGAAGACGCCCAUUGCGGUAUGCUGGCAAGUGGAAACAUGGGUUGCAUCUGUGACACAGGCUUUGCCUCUCUUGGCAUUUGGCCGACUAAUCUUACCUGUGUCGAUGUGAAUGAAUGUACCGAUAAUCCUCCAUUCACGUGUACUUUGCCAAACGAGUCAUGUGUUAACACUAUCGGAAGCGUUCGAUGCGAAUGUGACAUCGGCUACUUCAGAAACGCUGCUGGUGAUUGCGAAGAUGUCGACGAGUGUACUGAUCAGACUCAUCUCUGCGAUAACAAUGCUGACUGCCUUAACACACUUUACGAUCUCACUCUCAACAGAGGAUAUGAAUGUGGUUGCCACGCUGGAUUCAUUCUUUCCGGAUUCGAAUGCAUUCCGGAUUGCUCCACAUGCGGCGUUAAUACUGAUUGCGAUAUAGACGCUCCAUUGAAUUCAAGAGCGUGUACUUGUCUACCAGGCUAUGAGUUUGACCCUGCCAAUCCCGGAAACUGCAUUGACAUCAACGAAUGCACUACUGGAACAAGCUCCUGCAAUCCGAUCACAGAAGAGUGUCGAAACUGCGACGGUGAUUACAACUGCGUCUGUCGAAAUGGCUACGAACCUGACGGCUCUCGAGUGUGCAUUGACAUUAAUGAAUGCGCAGACCAAGAACUUCACGAAUGCGACUCACAUGCUAUCUGUGAUAAUCUCCAAGGCUCUCACACUUGUACCUGCGAAACCGGUUGGGAGGGAGAUGGUAAAUUCUGUCACGAAAUUUGCCCACCUGACUGUGGCACUUUCGGAUACUGCUUCAUUGAUCCUUCAUCAAGACAAGCAUACUGCAAGUGCAAGGAUGGAUUCUUCAUGGAAAACGACAUUUGCAUUGAUAUCAAUGAGUGCGAAGAUGAGACUCUGAACAACUGCGACGCGAUAAAAUCCGAGUGCGUCAAUACAAUCGGCUCAUUUAUUUGCGAAUGCCCAGCUGGAUAUGAACAUCAAGCGGGAACUAGUGAUAUUUGUAUCGACAUAAAUGAGUGUGAUGACCAAACUCACAAAUGCGAUACAAAUGCUGACUGCGUCAACACAAUCGGAAGCUAUGAUUGCGAAUGUUCACAAGUUGCUAACCGAGAUGCGGAUCUCAUUGGAAAUGGUGAUUACUGUUAUUGUCCUGAAGGCUAUCAACUUGUCAAUGAUGCUUGCCUUGACAUCCACGAAUGCAAUGAUAAGACACAUCUUUGUGACAGCGAUGUUGGAAUUUGCGACAAUACGAUCGGCUCUUAUACCUGUUCAUGUCCAGCGGACUACUUCGGUGAUGGAUUCAAAUGCACAAAGAUCUGCCCACCAUGCGCUGGAAAUGCUUUCUGCGUCUAUGAUAACACCAACGAGCCAUUUUGCGAAUGUCCAUCGGGAACAACUGGCGAUCCUUUGGUUGACUGUAUCGAUAUCAACGAAUGCGAAGAUGAUACAGUACAUGUUUGCCAUCUUCAGUCGCCCGUCGAAAUCUGCGUCAAUACUUACGGAAGCUACACCUGCGAAUGUCCACAAGGCUACGAAAGGAACACCACUUCUUGGCUCUGCGAUGAUGUUGACGAGUGCGAUCUUGAUUUACAUAAUUGCGAUGCAAACGCUGAUUGUAUCAAUACAAUCGGCUCUUGGGAAUGCAAAUGUAAUUCCGGCUUCCAUGGAGACGGCUGCUUCUGCUUCCCUGAAUGCUCACCAACAAUGGACGAUUCUUGUGGACCAAAUACGUAUUGCACUCUUCAAGCUGGCAAAUCAGAUGUCGAAUGUGUCUGCCAAACUGGAUAUAAGCUCAUUGCCGGAUCUGAUCCAGUCGAAUGCGAGGAUAUUGAUGAGUGUACGGACGAUAUCACGCUUUGCUCUCAAUCCCUCUGUAUCAACACAAUAGGAAGUUUUCACUGUGAAUGUCCUGAAGGAUACGAGUUCGAUGAUGGCCAAUGUGUCAACGUCGACGAAUGUACUAUCACUAAUGAUCUCUGCCACAUCGAUGCGGAUUGCUUCGAUACCGAAGGAUCCUUCGAAUGUCGCUGUACCAAUGGCUACAUUGGUAAUGGUUUCGACUGUCUUCCAGAAUGCCCAGCUUGCUCUCCAACUGAAGUCUGCGUGAUGGACUUUAUCUCGCUUCCAAAUGGCAAGUCAACUGCUACUACUCGAUGCGAGUGUAUCAGCGGCUACACGAGAAAUGCAGUUACUGGCGAAUGUGAAGACAUCGACGAGUGUGAUACUCCUUUCGUUUGCGGUGUUCUUGCUGAAUGCAUCAAUUUAUCCGGUAGCCACAUGUGCAAAUGUCCCGAGGGAUACGUAGACGUUGAUGGAGCUUGCAUCGAUGUCAACGAAUGUUCCUACUCCCCUUGUGACCCAGUCGCUAUUUGCUUGAAUACUGGCGGCUCUUUUACCUGCACUUGUCCACCUGGAUACACUGGUGAUGGAACUUGUUGCAUUCCACAAUGCCCAAUCUGCGGCAUCAAUGCUGAAUGCGUCGGUGACACCAGUUGCCAUUGCAAAGAAGGCUAUACGGCCGGCGAUCCAAUGAUCGAGUGUUUCGACAUCAACGAAUGUGCCACUGAUCAGCACGAUUGUUGGCUCACUGAGGAUGAGUGCGUCAAUAUUCCAGGAACAUACAUCUGCGUCUGCCCAGAUGGCUACGCUAGAAACGCUGAUACAGGAAUCUGUGAGGAUGUCGAUGAAUGUACCGAAAAUAUCCAUCUAUGUCACGAUCUCGCUGAGUGUACCAACCUCGAUGGAGAGUACUCUUGCGCUUGUCCCCCAGGAUACGACGGUGAUGGCUACUUCUGCUAUGCCAAGACCGUUGUGGCUACCUGUCCAGUUGUUUGUGAGCCAUCUGAAGUCUGCGUAUAUGAAGAAACGAUCGACGAGUUCGUGUGCAAAUGCGCUAGCGGAUUUGUCGACAACAACGGAGUCUGCGAAGAUGUCAACGAGUGUCUCGAAUCUGUCUGUGGCGACCUUUUUGUCUGCCAUAAUUAUUUCGGCGGUUACGUCUGUAAUUGCCCUGAUGGGUACGUCAAUAUCAACGAUGUCUGUGAAGACUACGACGAGUGCGCGAAGAAGAUCCACAAUUGUGAUGAAAAUGCGAUCUGUCAGAACUUGGAAGGAAGCUUUGUCUGCACUUGCGAUACUGGCUAUUCUGGCACUGGAGUCGAAUGCACCAAAGACCCAGCAUGUGGCGUCAUUGACCUUUGCGACCCAAGCGCGAUCUGUGACGACAUUACGAAUACGAACAACGAGCUUUACGAGUGCAAAUGCCCACCAGGAACGGAAGGAAAUGGCUUCACAGAAUGCCAGCCAUCAGUAGCAAUCUGCGAGCCUUCUUGUCUUGACGGCGAAACUUGCAUUCUCGACGGAACUGGUCCGGAAGGCAUUUGCACCUGCGCUGAUGGAUACGAACUCAUCAACGAUGUUUGCGUCGAUGUAAAUGAGUGCCUGACAAUCGGCUGCUCUGACAACAUGGAAUGCAAAAAUCUCCAAGGAAGCUACCAGUGCCUCUGUGCUUCUGGAUCUGCACCGGUUCAGCUCUCAAAUGGGCAGAUUUCCUGUGGGAAUGUCAACGAAUGCGAACAGGAAAAUAUGUGCAGUAACAACGCCAAAUGCAUCGACAAAAAUCCUUCAGUGGAUGGAAUUCCUUUCGAAUGCGAGUGCAAAACAGGCUACUACGGAACUGGCGAAACUUGUUGCGAUACAGACGAGUGCGGUGACGAGCUGGACGACUGCCAUGAAAAUGCCAUCUGUAGAAACACUGAAGGCAGCUUCGACUGUUUCUGCAAAGAAGGCUACGAAGGCAACGGAAAGGAUUGCGAAAAGAUCUGUCCAGAAAAGCAGCGAAAUGUGGACGGCGAAUGUGUUUGCAAACCCGGCUACUACGCUGUUGAAAACUCUGAUCCCUUGGAAUGCGAGGACAUUGACGAGUGUUUGGACGAAACUCACAACUGCGAUGUCAACGGAAUCUGCGUCAACACGGAUGGAAGCUACAUCUGCGACGGCUGUGUGGACCCAUUCUUCGGAACGGGCUACCAAGGCGAGUGCUGCGAGGAGGAGUGCGGCAGCAAUCAGGCUUGCUUCUUCCGCGAGUGCAAGUGCAAACCUGGCUACUACAAGGAUUACCUCACCGGCGAAUGCUACCCGUACUGCGACCCGAUUUGCGGACCAAACGAAGUCUGCCGCCAAGGAGAAUGCUACUGCAAAGACAAGUACCAGCGAAAUAUUCUCGGCGAAUGCGAGAAGAUUCCUUGCGAUUGCCACGAUGAAGCAAGCUGUGAGACAGUUGAAAAUGCUCUCGGACAAAUGUUGUCUGCUGACUGCGUUUGCAACGAUGGAUUUGAAGGUGACGGUGUCGACACCUGCGAUGACAUAAACGAGUGCGACGUCGAUCCUGACAUCUGUGGCGCCGACAUCGCUUGUUGCAACCUCUACGGAACCUUUGUCUGUGUGUGCCCCUGCGGAUACGAAUACGUGGAGGAAACUCAAGCUUGUAUCGAUAUUGACGAGUGCGCCACUGGCAACCAUGCUUGCGACGAAAUCCAAGACUGCUUCAACCAAGACGGCUACCACGAGUGCGCUUGUCGACCGGAAGACUGCGGAGUCGUUUUGGCUAACAAGAGGAUCGAAAUGAGACUUCCUUGCGUCAAGCCGGAACCUUACCAACCAUAA